CCGUGUUUAGUUUCAUCUGAUAAAAACAGAAAACAGGAUUUCAGCAGGAGCCAGGUGGAGAGCUGCUAGCUGGAAACCUGGCAGGUCUCAGAGCAGUAAAACCUUCCACGGGAGUGAAAUGAGGCAUCUAGAGAGGAAUUCCAGCUGCUUCUGUCCAAGGACUCUAAUGAUUCAUCCUUCAUGUUGCUGGGAAACUGGAGAUUUCAUCAUCCAGCCACCCGUAGCCUCCUCCCCUCUGAAAGGGAAGCCACGCCAGCUGGAGCUCCGGUUCAACCUCAGAAACAGACUCAGGUGGACGGUCUUCAUACCGCAACUCGAGAUGAGGGAGGACAUGGAGGUGGAGGGCAGACAGUCCAGCUCCAACCACCAGAAGGAGAAGGCUGACUUCUGCUCCAGCCUUCCUUCCAUUGCUGCUGCAGCAUCUGAAGGUCCCACCACAGCUUCUCAGUCUGGACCAGAACCAGGCUGCAGGCCCAGCUGGUGUCAGACUUAACUGGACCAGGUCAACUCCUUGGUUCUGUUGUAUGAGACAGUUCAGACUUCCUCCUGCAGCUCUCCCCAACCAGCCAUGCUGGUUCAGACCUGAUCUAACCUGCUAACGGAGACCUGGAGAGUCUGGGAUGGAGAUCUGGGCUUUUCCUGGUCUGUGAAUGAUCUUCCUGUCUGCAGAACGUCUGGAAGUGACCUGAUAGACUGAUGGACAGCAGCUUCUGUGCUGAUGUCUUUCCUCCUGGGCACGGAGUGAACACCUGCAUGUUUCCUAGAGGAGCUCGCCGUCUGAAACUGUUCUGGAAUAAAAUCCAGGACUUUUCAUCAUAUGAAGUUUCUUCUUCUUCCAUUUCCAGACGCGGUUUAGUGAAACAUGUCAGAGCUGGAGGACGAGGGGAGGGUUAAACACCAGUCUGCAGCUCAGUGAGCACUGUAGAGCUGGGAAGCAGAGUCUCUCCCCUCAGCUAGCCGGAUGCUAACGCCAGCCAGGACCAGGUCUCAGCAGGGCGCCGCGGAGGACCACGUCUGUUUGUCAAGCCAGGACCUCAGCAUCAGCGGCAUCUGCCUCGUGUUGGAGCAGCAGCUGGCAAACGGAAUGCACACGUCACUGCGUGAAAUCCACAUCUCAGAGUCUGACUCCUCCUACUUCCUGCGUGUUGACUGGGAGGGGCGGAGCCUUAGUUCAGGUUUCCAGCUGCUGCUGACUGAUGGACAGGAUGCAUGGAGAGGAGAAGUCAGCGAGGCGGCGGUUAGCGCUGAGGCCGAGGAGCUGGAGAUGCAGCAGGACAAGUACGUCCAGGACCUCCAGCAGGCGCUGACCGGAGCAGAGAAAGCCGCCUCCUACAGCUUCACGCUGAGUCCCCAUCCCCCAACGAACAGCCGGACACUGACGUACGAGAAGAUGCAGAAGGACAUCUUGUUCAGGCUGGGCAGUGUGAUGCUGGAGUCCGUUGCCGAGCCGACCGAAGUGGUGAGGAAGCUGCUGGUUCACAGCCUACAACAAGGACACAAUCUGCAGCAGAAUAACCUGAAACUGGAGGAGCAGAACCAGCAGUUCAUCCAAGAGCAGCAGCGAAUCACAGCAGAGAUGAAUCGCUACGCUGGUGGUAAGGAGGUCCUGGAGGCAGAGCUGUUUUCCCGGUUUGUCCUGGUCCUCAAUGAGAAGAAAGCGAAGAUCCGAAGUCUGCAGGAGACCAUCACCAGGCUGCAGGAAGCAAGGAGCGCUGAUGGACAGAAAAGCCCAAAAUCACUUAAGUCGGCCCAAACCGGCGGUCAGGACAGUGAGGCUGAGGAUGGUGAAUAUGGAGGCAGCACUGAUGAAGAGGCAGAGGAAGUACGGUCGACUCCAGCUUCUAAUUUACCAUCACGAGAAUGCUCCACUCCGAGCCCAUUGGACGACAGCCUGCGUGACAUCACAGACGUGGCUCCGUGCCGGAAACGCCGCCUCCGCCUGCUGAGGCCCCCGGACGCCGCCGUAAAGAGGCCGAACCCGGAGACAUCACAGAAGAGAAGGUCCGACUCUAAUCCAGGAUCCAGUAAGAAGCCGACCCCCCAGAGCUCUGCAGACGUUGCAGUAGAGGACCUGUUCGAGGACUUUUGAUGUCCAGAUGCGGUCUACAUCCUGACAGGGGUCUAUGUCCCGACAAAGACCUACGUCCCGACAAAGACCUACGUCCCGACAAAGACCUACGUCCCGACAAAGUUCUACGUCCCGACAAAGUUCUACGUCCCGACAAAGAUCUACGCCCCGACAUAGAGCUAUGUCCCGGCAAAGAUCUGUGUCCCGACAUAGAUCUACGUCCUGACAUAGAUCUACGUCCCGACAAAGAUCUACGUCCCGACAUAGAGCUAUGUCCCGGCAAAGAUCUGUGUCCCGACAUAGAUCUACGUCCCAACAAAGAUCUACGUCCUGACGAGGAUCUAUGUACUGAUGGGGUCUACAUCUGGAUGGGGUCUAUGUCUUUGGUGAUUUUUAUGAUUUUAAAAAUGUAUAUGGAGUAAAUCGUUUUCUUUAAAGUAAAAGAAUGUGAAGCUGAAAACUUUUUCUUAUUCAGUUUUGUCAUGAACGUCCGAAUCAAUAAAGUUUAUGGCUCA